UUUGGAACAGUUCCCCUGUAGCCUUCUGAACUGUCGCAUCAACAUCAGUCAAGAGUGAAUUAAAGCCAUGAGUUUAGAUCUAGACAUGUUUGAAGGAAUUGACUUUGAUUCUUUUUUCACGGAUGAGGAACGCAAACAACUCAACUUCUCCGAUAAAAUACCCGUCCCCGAAAUCUUGAACUCUGCUCUCGAAGUGCGCCAUGUGGCAUUGCUCGUCUUCUUUGGUCUGGUCUGCCUUCUGGGUGUCCCUGGCAAUGCCUUGGUGGUGUGGGUGACGGGCUUCAAAAUGCCGCGCACCGUCACUUCUCUCUGGUUCCUCAACCUGGCCCUAGCUGACCUGCUUUGCUGCCUGUCUCUACCCCUGCUUAUGGUGCCCAUCGCCCUGGACCAGAACUGGCCUUAUGGUGCCACAGCCUGCACCCUGCUCAAGAGCUUCAUCUACCUGGUCUUGUACUGUAGUGUGCUACUCCUGGUGCUUAUCAGUGUCGACCGCUGGCUGAUGGUAUCCCGGCCAGUGUGGUGUCAGAAUUGGAGGAGGCCUCGCCAGGCUAUCUGGGUGUGUGCGGCAGUCUGGUUGCUGGCUCUACUAGCCACCACCCCCCAACUUGUUUAUGUGAAACUGAGGGAAUUAAGCAAGUCGAAGGCCCUGUGCGUGGAGGUGUAUGGCUUGACCAGCGGCUGGGUCGUCAUGUCCUUCCGCUUCCUGACGGCGUUCCUCCUGCCGUUCCUGGUCAUCGUAGGGUGCCACUGGGUGGUGUACAGCAGGGCGCGUUCAGGCUCGUCGAGAGCCACGAGCGCACGCAGCCGGCGCACACUGAAGGUCAUCGCCGCCGUGGUGCUCAGCUUCUUCCUCUGUUGGCUCCCACUGCACCUGAUGGACUUUGUGAUACUGGCCACGCCCCGAACGUCACCGCACAGCGCCAACGUGCACGUGCUACAUUCCGUGGCACUGUGCUUGGCGUAUCUCAACAGCUGCCUGAACCCACUGCUGUACGUGUGCCUGGGCAGGGGCUUCAAGCAGAGCAUGAACCGCUCCCUGCGCGGCUUAUUCCAAGUCAUUGGCGAGGAGUCGACAGUAACCAGAACAGACACUUCCAGGUACACCUCCAGGUCCAACACUCUGGAAAGCCAGGCUGUGGUCAGGGUGUGAUUUCUGUGUCUUAGCCCUUGUGCUCCCUUCGGGCAACUUUACCCAAUACAAAAACAAAGUGAAUCAUUAUCUUUUAACCUUCGCGCUGUGCGGGGUCUGAGACAGCGCGACGGUUAAAAGAAAAUGCUUCACUUUAUUUUAAUAUUAGGUAAAGUGGUUGCAACAGGACGGUGAGUGAAGGGUCACAAUGAACCAAAGGAUUGCACAAGGUUAAACCAUGUUCUUCUCUUGCCUAAUAUUGCAAAAGAUAGCACUGCUUUUGAAAGGAUCCUGUUACAUUUGUCAACAUCUCGUGCCCACAAGAUUUUGAUACAAAUUAUUAAAUUAUUAGUUAUUAAUUAGAUUGAACAUAUCGUGUAGCUUAAGUAAUAUAGUUAAUAACACUUUCUAAAAUAAUAUUUUUGUGUGUUCUGAAUGCAUUUUGAAUAAAUACUUUAUAUAAAACUUUCAGUUUUUGUAGCAAGAUGACUUCCUAAAUUGAUUAAAUUAAACCUAACCACAAA